UCAAGCUCGAGCAGACGCGCGCGCACUUACAGUCUGGAUCACAGUUAGAGAGAGAGAGCGAGAGAGAGAGAAAGAGAAAAGAAGAAGAAAGACGAUAAGAGACUCGACGCGAAUAAAAUAUAUAUUAAUAUAUAUAAAGGCAAGAGGAGAAGAUGAAAUCCGGCUACCAGCUGCUCAGCCUGCUGUUCGUGUUCAGCAGCUUGCGCGUGGACGAGCUGGAGGCUUGCUCGUGCGCGCUCACGCACCCGCAGGACGCCUUCUGCAACUCGGAUAUCGUGAUCCGAGCCAAAGUGGUGGGGAAGAAGUUGCUGAAAGAUGGCCCGUUUGGCACCAUGCGCUACACAGUCAAGCAGAUGAAGAUGUACAAAGGAUUCAACAAAAUUCAGCACGUCCAGCACGUUUACACGGACGCGUCAGAGAGUCUGUGCGGAGUCAAGUUUGACAUUAACAAGUACCAGUACUUGAUCACAGGGCGCGUGUACGACGGAAAGGUUUACACGGGGCUCUGCAACUUCAACGAGAGGUGGGAACGCCUGUCCCUCGCUCAGAAAAAAGGAAUGAACCAUCGUUACCAGCUGGGAUGCAACUGCAGGAUUAAGCCCUGCCACUACUUGCCCUGCUUCGUGACCUCGAAGCACGAGUGCCUGUGGACGGACAUGUUGUCGUACUUCGGCUAUCCGGGCUACCAGUCACGGAACUACGCUUGCAUCCAGCAGAAAGAGGGCUACUGCAGCUGGUACCGAGGCAUGACAUCUCGUGACAAAACCAACCUGAACACCACGGAUCCCUAAAAUACUGGGUUUUUUUGUAAUUUUUUUUUUAAAAUCCUUUUUCUCCCCUCAAUACACAUCAAAGCAAUCAUUGUUUAUUUUUUUUCCCCAAAAAAACGUUUUCCUUCCUUGUUUUAGGGAUACGGAAAUAAUUCAGAUCGUGCCGAAUGACAAUUUUAUUGCCUGUGGUAGCACUUUAUAGGUGAACCGUACCUGUGUUUGAAUUCAUACUAGUUGCAUAUUUGACGCUGUGGCCCAGUCGUCCACGGAGACGCACACCGAGCAGUUAAAGAUCUCAAAGGACGCGUCAAAGUGGGAGAGACAAGAAAUAAACCAGGGUAAAAACAAUCGUAAUAGUUCGUCAUUACAAUUUGGGACAUAAGUACAGCCAAAAGUCUGACAGAGAGAAACGUCCUAUAAAUCAUAUCAGUAUGUAUUUGUGUACUGGCAUGAUGAUGGACUCUUUGUAUCUAUUACUACAGGUAUGUUCAACUCCAUAUUGCCUUCUUAGACCAUGACACUUUCAAUAUUCAGAUUAAAACAGUUCAAUUAAUUGUAAUUUAAUUCCUUCAGUAUUUCUUGCCUCCCCCUUUUAGUUUCCUUCGAGAAUGCACUUAACAAGCUUUCUUAGCUGCUGCCUUUGUAUAAUCGAUCGAAACAUUUGGACACUUCCUUCACGCCGAUCUAAAGCAAUAAGUGUUACUGUGAAAAGGGUUGGGUGCCAAACACAGCAUCACUUAACACAGCAGGUGUAGAGACCGUACACCUACAUGAUAUACUGUACAGUAUAUCAUGCUUACUGUUCAAUACAUGAUUCUGAUCCAAUAAUUUAUAAAAGCAAUACCGGUCCUCAUUCAGAAGUGUUAUUUUUUUUAUUAUUUAGAACGAAUAUGAAUAACUGUAUAGAUCCACCAUGUAUGCUGUAUAAUAUCUAUUUAUACUGUAAGUGGUCCUUUUUGCCUGCCUCCUGCUUCAUGCUGUAGUUGUACAACUUUCCUAAUAUAAUCUUCUGCAUUCAAAGUAUUUUUUUUUUCGUUCGUUUGAAUAGUCAUAAUUAAUAACAGAGUAAUAAUGUAUAUUUUUUCAAAUCAACAAGAAAAAAAAAAAAGAAAGAAAGAAAGCGCAUAGAACACUUUGGUGGGGAACAGUUGUUUUGUUUGUUUUGUUGUUCUUGAACAGAGCUUUUAGUUUAUUUUUUAUUUGUUUUUCUCGCUCUUUAUGGUAUAAGCUAAGAAAUGAUGACCUGACUAAAACCUCUGUUGUUGUUGUUGCGUUUUGUGAAUGUUGAAUUAAAUCCAUGUUACAUUUAACAAGAAAUGUACUUGCUUUCAACUUCGCGUUCAUACUCGCAUGACGACUGCCUCCCUCGUUCUGCAGUCGUUUGGUGCGUAGCUUGUGCACUUCUUCAGAAAUUAACACGACAUCCAUAACACAAAAUCGUUUCAGUUACUUAUCGCAGUUCUUUCAUGUGGCGGUUUAUUUUUUAGUCAGACUAAAUUCAAAACCUAUUUUUAAUAUUGAAAUUAAAAUGUUUUUGCAUUAAAGGUAGAAAAAAAUUGCAGUUCCUCUAAAAUCCUACAGGGGGUGCUCUUAAUUAUUUACACAUGGGUACACUUAGCAUCAUGUCAUACGAGCAAAUUAUUUGAGAAAGUUGUUUGGAAUUGUACCAAAAUUUACAGUUGAAUUAAGAUAUUUAUAAAAUCGUGAUAAUUACAGAAUCGCGAUACAAAUCGUAUCGGCACAGAGGUAUCGUGAUAAUAUCGUAUUGGGCGAUCUCUGCUGAUUUUUAUCCCGAAUGCACAGUGAUAAAUAUGCAUGUCGAAAGAGUUAGCGGGAGAAUAAGUACUAUCCACCUUCUCGAGUGUCGCCAGGUUUGUUUACUUGACGUAAUCCUACUGUAUCUGAUUAAACUAUUCAGAGUGCCGCCUAGUUAGUGCCGCCCAUUAGUGUUUCAAAUUAAUGUUAUCUACACAGAAUAGUCCGCACAAAUUCAGCUCUCUGCCUGUGCUGAUUUGUAUUCAUGACCGAACGUAAUCUGGACUGAGAAACUUACCCCAUAGUGUGCGACAAGAAAAGGCUACAAAAUCUAGUGCACAUCCCAGAACCAAAAGUCAAGCCUGCGCCAGGAGUUAGUUUUAAUAGUCUAAAAAAGUCCUGUAUGUACAACAGUACAAUGAUGGGGAUGUUAUUAAUAGUGUUACUUGUGAUGGUACGUCUGUCCUGGAAAAAGAGCUGGCUGGUACUAACAUACAGUACAACACACAAACAGAGGUUUUAGUUUUGGUAUUAAUUAUGGAUUAAAUAUUUCUGCAGAGAUAUUGAUCUAUUUGAAAAAAAUCUGAUUUUUGUUUUUAAGCUUUUUUUUUUUGUUUUUGUUUUUGUCUGUUUUAUAGUAUUCACUCCCGACAGUAUCUUCAGUUCAUUCCUCUUUAUGAGACUAAGAUCUCUUUGGUAGAGAAGUUCACAUGAAAUGUACAGUACAGAAGUAUAACCUUUAUCCUCAAGCAAACCGAAACAGAUAAAUGUUUUUUUCAAGAUAAUUUUUAACUCUUUUUAUUGUUCACAGACAUGCUUAUGAGACAAAAUCCACCGUGUUUAUUCCAAAUAUUAACCGUGUUGAAAAAAGCCUGAGGCGUCUUAGUCUCCCCGUCUUUUUACACACCUUGCAGUCAAUCAUGUCUUGAAUUUAAUUAAUAGACCGUUCUAUUUUCUUUGUUUGUUUGUUUGUUUUAAAUGUACAGUGUGUGUUUCUCUGUGUGUGUGUUUGCAUAUGUGUUUGUGUGUACACUGAUAUGUAAGGGGAAAUGUCUUUCUUGUAGGAGCUUACAGAAAAUGUUAUGAUUUUUAAUUUCUCUUUUUAUAUUUUUAUAAUAAAGAUUUAAUAAAAAUUGCAUUUGUGAACAUGUCCUAUUUAACUAAAUGUAUGUUUAUACUUUAAAUAAAGAUGAAUGCCUGCCUACAUUUUGGCAGAGUGUAUGUAUAUUAUAUCAGAUUCAACAUCGAAAUAAACAAGUCAAGUUUG